AUGAAGGAGUCCCAAGGUUCCAAGCAGAGAUUAAACGCCUAUAUCUAUGAUUUUCUGGUGAAAUCAGCAUUACACGGUAGUGCUGGGACUUUUUUCGAAGAAGCUGGAUUACGGGAGGACAGUGAUAAUGGUAACAGUAAUAGUAGUGUCAAGAGAGGCGUCGUUGUGGUAGAUUCUCCGCAGGGUUAUUUGUAUGAGUGGUGGAAGAUCUUUUGGGAUCUAUGUACCGUCAGAUCCAAAAGAGGCGGUGGUGGAACUACUGGGUUGCCUGCAAUGCAGGCAUAUUACAAAUUAUGGAGCGAGAAAAAUGCACAGGAGAAUGCUCUGAUGACACAGGAAAUUAACGCUGCUUCGUUACAGCAGACAUCUGAAGAUGCCGGUGAGUACAGGAACGAAGAAGUCGAUGCUUCUAGGUUGUCGUUGGUAGUUAGCAGUGUGCCCCUACAGCCAAGUCUCCGAAAAGUACCUCCGGUAUCAUCGAAGCGAGUAGAAAAACAGAAGCAUUACAAGAAAAGAGUUCUUAGGGAAGAGCGUCAAUACGAACAAAAUCUGUUUAUGCGCCGUAGUAAUGUCAGCACAGAUAGGACUGCUCAUGUGAAUACAGUUCCUCAUCAUGCUGGUACUCGUGCUUCUUUACCAUCGCAAGAACUCCCAGCAUUUGAUCUACAGAGUUUUGAAUAUGAUCCAGAUUUUCUACUUUUCACAUCUCCUGAGACAGCACCACUGCCUGUAGAUUUCCCACCGACUCAUGGUGAAGAUACUUCUUUUCUAGAUAAUAGUAGCGAGAGAUCGUUCAAUUUUUUAAAUGGUAUGUAA